AUGUUUGACAGGCAGAUGGAGGUGGAUAAUUCAACAAUUGUUGAAACAGUGGCACCCACCUAUCUGAUAAGUGAUUAUAUAGAAAUUGCAUAUUUGGGACUUGUUCUGCUAUUUGGAGUUCCAGCAAACGCCGUCAUACUUCAAAAGUUGAUUAAAGAGAUGAAGAUGUCAAAUCGGGAUAUGGUUAAGAGUGGUUUCGUUAUGCUGAAGAUAAAUUUGAACAUAACAGAUCUUCUGAUCUUGACCUACUCCCUCGGUAAACUCAUCUGGCUUAUCACUUAUAAGUGGAUCGGUGGAGAUUACGCGUGCAGAUUUUAUCAGAUGUUCUCCAUGUUCUCAUUAUAUAGCUCUUCAAAUAUCGUAAUGUGCAUCGCACUUGAUAGGUUACGGAAUGUGAUCUAUGCAAACCAAAUUCACACAAAAACUGAUAAGAUAAGUACAGUAUCAAUUUUGGCGUACAGUUCUUGGCUUGCUGCACUAGUCUGUAGUUUACCACAAUUCUUCCUUUUCCAAACAAUCGAGGUGUAUCCAAAUUUUGUUCAAUGCUCAGACAUUUGGCAAAUUCGGAGACAUAGUCAAGAUGAUAUUGCAUUUUUUGGGAAAGACUCGUUUGUACUAACUCAGACAUUCGAGAACUCUUACAACAUUGCUCAUUUGCUUCUUGUAUUCUGGGGCCCACUGAUUGUUCUAAUCGUAACGUAUGCGGUGAUAGCAACCAAGCUCACGAAGUACUCGUUAAAAGCACCUGGAACCCAGAGCAUGAGAAGACCUAUGCCAACUGCAGCCGAUGAUUUACCGAAAGAAGUUGUUGUCCACGUUAACGUCGAAGACGGUCUACUCAAAAAAGAGGGCAGUAUAAAAAAGGUGGUAAGAUGCUGUGCUGAGGAGCUCAUUACAAAGCAACAUCGAAAGAAGUCGAAUCGUAGAAUGAGAGCCAAAGAAUCAACAACGACAACAUCAUCAACAUCUACACGAAUGCCAACGUGGCGGAAACAAAUGCGCAGUCGUGUGUUUCGAACCACAAUGCUUGUCAUUCUGACCCACUUCCUCUUUUGGUUCCCUUACAAUGCACUCGGCUUAAUGAAAUACAUCAACCAAUCUAUGUUUGAAGUUCUUAGCGCAAAUGCCAAUAUUUUCAAAGACUUGCAAAUUCUCAUCACACUCAUCAAUCCGUUCCUAUACGGUUUCUCAACUGGAAACUAGCAAGAAACCGUCGAGGUGUACAACACAUUUAACCAGCUAUCACUACCAAGUUUUUACACUUAUUUGGUUUUAAUAAUUAUGACUUAUUGAUUUGAAUUUUUUGAAAAUAAACCUUGAAACGUUUU